CGAAAGAAUAUGUUUGACAAUAGAUCGCGCUGCAUGCUUCCGUAACAGUCCUUUUGCUAGCGGCACGAUAAUUGAGCAAAAUGGUAUGUUUUGUAUCCUGAAACUAUUGAUCAAUCGUUGAAAAAAGUUUGAGAUAUUUGCUUAAAAUAUUAUCAGUGAUUUAUAAUUAUUCUUUUCUUCUAAAUAUAAUUUAUCAAUACAAUCUCUAUUAAUAUUUAAUGUUUAUAUUAUUAUUAGCGUGAGUUUCUUAACUAUCUUAAUGCUAUCUUAACAAUCUUAAUGUUAAUAGUGAAAAAUGAAAUGUAAAUAUAAGUGUUUUGUACAAUUAUAAAAAUAAAAUUGUGAUAUGAAACUUUUUUUGGAAAAUAGUGUAAUUGUAAUGAAAACAAUACAAAAAACAUAACCUCAAUGUUGUAUUACAGAUGGAAGGUGCCGUUACAAUUAGGACUAGAAAGUUUAUGAGUAAUCGACUACUAUGUCGAAAACAAAUGGUAUGUAUUUAUAUAAACAUUUAUUAUUUGUUUCAAAUUGAAUAUUACAUUCAUCUAUUAUUUUAUAUUCGUAAAAUAAUAUUUUUUCAUAGGUUGUGGAUGUAUUUCAUCCAGGUCAUCCAUCAGUCCGAAAAACAGAAAUACGUGAAAAAUUAGCAAAAAUGUACAAAGUUACACCAGAUGUAGUUUUCGUGUUUGGUUUUCAGACUAAUUUUGGUGGUGGUAAAUCAACUGGAUUUGCACUGAUCUAUGAUACAUUAGAUUUUGCAAAAAAAUUUGAACCUAAAUACAGGUUAGCUAGGCAUGGACUAUUUGAGAAACAAAAACAGACAAGAAAACAAAGAAAAGAACGUAAAAACAGAAUGAAAAAAGUUAGGGGUACAAAGAAGAGUAAAGUGGGAGCUGCAUCUAAAAAGGUAAGAUAAUAUUUUAUCUAUUCUUUACAUUAAUUAAUAAGUAAAUGGUUUAUUAAUACUUUUGAUAAUAUAAAGUAAUUUGAUGAUGGUAAUAUAUAUUUAUUUGGUAAUGAUUUUUAUAUAGGUAUUACUUGCUUUUAACUUCAUAUAAGUUUUAAAUUUCUAAGAAUAUUUAAUAAAUACAUAUGUUCUUAUUUCGGUGUAAAUAAAUUUAUGAUAAAUUUAAUUUAAAAUAUUAAAUUUCAAUGAAAUAUUCAUCAGCAAAUUUUAUGCAUUGACAAUAUAAGAAACAGAAGAUUAAAUGUUUUUUAAAAUUAUAUUUAAAAUUAAUAUUAGUGAAUUUAAAUUAAAAUUUUAUAUUUGUUUCAUUAUAAUUUACAUUAUCUUUUUUUCAUAUUUUUUCAUUUUUUUCAUAUUUUGUAAUUAAUAUAAAUCUUUUCCAAAAACAUAGCAUAAUUUAUAUGAAUUUAUGAUAUUUGCACUGAGCAUUUGAAGAUGUAUAGAUAUCUAAUCAAUGACAUAAAAAAGAAUUAUACAUAUUAGUAAUAUUAACACAUAUCUGGUUUUUAAAUUUUAUAUUGAUUUAAUUGUAUAAUUCCUAAUUGUUUAAUAUUUUGAACACCAAAUUAAAAAAUUUUAUAUUAUUUUCAUGUUGUGAAAAUAGAUUAUUAUAAAUAUGUGAAUUACUAGUAUAAUUUCUUAAAUAAUUUGAAUGUAACAAAUUUUCUAUAGUUAUUUGUGCAAAAUAUAAAUAUAACAUAUUAUAUAAUAUGUAUAAUUCAGUUAUAUUUAUAAGAAACAAAUUUUGCAUGCUAUUCAGUGGUAUACGCUUUUUAUUGACAUUCUAGGGAAGGAAGUAGUCAAAUGCUGUAAUCAUUUGUACUACAAGCCUCAAGAGGAAACUUAAUUAUGAUGCUCAUAUAUGGUCAGCAUGUAAACUUCUUGGUUUCAGUUUUCUUUUCUAUGUUUUCUAAUUUUUUCCUUUCAAGAUUUGGUUGAAUAUGUUUUGUAGCCUUUUUCAUAUAAUACUGUACACACAUAAAAUGUACUUUAACUCCUGUAGCAUAUUGCAUUGUAUUAUGUCUUAUAUAACAAAACGUUUUCUUUUUGUGUAUUACAUUUGAUUUUUUAUCAAUAUGUCACUCAUUCAUAUAUAAUGAUUUUGAAAUAAUCAAAGUUCGUGUUAACUCUUUCUUUCAAAAUUUAGAACAUCUGACAAAAUUUUCUGCACUCAUAUUUUGUCAUUAGUGGUAUUUAAAGUAGUGCUUAUAUUAAUAAUCUUUUAAAAAAUAAAAGAGGAUCAAGUAGGAUUAGAACAUUAUACAUGUACUUUUAUAUUAUAUAUUUAUUUUUAUUUUGUUUUGAGUUUUUAAUAAAAGUAGAACUUUUUUUUUGCUUGUGUGAAAUGUAACGUGACUAACAUUGAAAUUGAAUAUUUUACUGAUAUCUUCGUUUUUUUUUUUUUUUAUUACAGUAAAACCGAAAGACAUCAUGAAGACUACGAUCUGUUCAACAUUGACAUAAAAAUUAUUAUAAUCAUUUAUUAUCGUGGAUAGUUAUAAUAAGUUUUACAGAAUAAAGGUGUAUUCUUCUUGAUGAAAAAAAAUUCAUUUCAGUGCCUUUUUUUAUUGUAUCUUAUUGUUAAUGUCAGUUAUCCAUAAGUAUUGAGAAAACUGUUUGA